CCCUCCCUCCCUCCCUCGCUCCAUUUCCCUUUUUCUUUCUUUCUGUCUGUCAGUAAAGCAGCUGAACCACAGCCUGAGCUGUGAGCGGUGAGGGGAGAUAAGAAGCUGGCAGAGGGAGGACUGACAGAGCCGCCGCCACCACCACCACCACCACCACCACCACCACCACCACCACCACCUACCUGGAGAGGCUGCGAGACGGAGCAGAGAAGCAUCUCUUUUUUUUUUUUUUGUAUCUUCAUUUUGGCAUCCUUGAAUCUCACUUAUUUUACCUGCGUGUGACCAAAAAAUAGAAAAUAAAAGGACUUUCACCAUUAACCAGGAUCAGCCUUUUGUCAGAGGUUCAAACAGAUAUUUAUUUCAACAAUUCCACGUCUUAGAUCUACCAUGGGUCAACAAAGCCUUCUGGGCUGCCUCCUCCUAAUCGCUUUGCUCAGUUUAUCCAACGCUGGGCUCGUGCAGAAAAUCCUGCGCCACCGACGACAGACUCUGGCGUCUCCUAAAGAGCAUAACAUCACCCUCGGCAGCGCGGACCAUCCUGUGGUUUUCAACCACGUCUAUAACAUUAACGUUCCAGCCAGUUCCCUGUGCUCUGUGGACCUGGACGCUCCAGACAGCACCCAGCUCCUUCCCAAAGACGCGCCCGUCCCCUCGGGCUCCGACGUCACCGAACACACGCUCAACGGGGAGAACCAGAUCGUCUUCACCCACCGCAUCAACAUACCGCGGAAGGCCUGCGGUUGUGCCAAUGACCUGCCCGCCCUGAAGGAUCUCAUGAGCCGGCUGGAGAUGCUCGAGGGGGAAGUUUCGGCUUUGAGGGGUCAGUGCAGCGGUGACGGGAACUGCUGCGGUGCCCAGGUCACAGGUGAAGUGGGGACAAAACCGUUCUGCAACGGUCAUGGAAAAUACAGUACUGAAACUUGUGGCUGCGUAUGCGAGCCUGGCUGGAAGGGCCCCAACUGCACUGAGCCCGAGUGUCCCGGUGACUGCCAGGGCCAAGGCCGCUGCGUGGACGGAAAAUGUGAGUGCUUCAAGGGCUUCACCGGAGAAGACUGCACAAUCCGGGUCUGUCCUGUGGACUGUGGAGAGCAUGGCCGGUGUGUGGGCGGCGUUUGCAUCUGCAUGGAUGGCUUCUUCGGACAGGACUGCUCAAAAAGCAAAUGUCCCAACAACUGCCAAGGGCGUGGCCGGUGCGUGGAGGGCGAAUGCGUGUGCGACGAGCCCUGGACCGGCUAUGACUGCUCGGAGCUCAUCUGCCCAAAAGAUUGCUACGACCGUGGGCGCUGCAUCAACGGCACCUGUCACUGUGACGAGGGGUUCACGGGGGAGGACUGUGGAGAGCUCACUUGCCCUAACAACUGCCACGGCAAUGGUUUCUGUGUCGACGGCCAGUGUGUCUGCAACGCUGGCUACAGCGGAGAAGACUGCUCUCAGCUCACCUGCCUGAAUGACUGCAACGGCAGGGGAACGUGCUUCAAUGGGAUGUGUACCUGCGACCCAGGCUACCAAGGUGAAGACUGCAGCCAGCUGGCAUGCCCGAACAACUGCAACAACAGAGGCCAGUGCAUAAAUGGACAGUGCGCAUGUGAUGUUGGCUUCCAGGGGUAUGAUUGCGCCGAGCUCUCCUGUCCCAACGACUGCCUGCAGAGAGGCCGCUGUGUUAACGGCCAGUGUGUGUGCGAGGAAGGCUUCGCCGGCGAGGACUGCAGCAUACGUACCUGCCCGUCAAACUGCUACGGCCGGGGGGAGUGCGUCAAUGGGCGCUGUGUGUGCCACGCAGGCUUCACAGGUGAGGACUGCGUUUACCUGAGCUGCCCCAACGACUGCCAAGGCCGCGGGCGGUGCGUCGACGGGCAGUGCGUUUGUGACGAAGGGUUCACCGGAGAAGACUGCAGUCAGAAAGCUUGUCCCAACGACUGCCUGGGUCAGGGUAACUGCGUUGACGGCAAGUGUGUCUGUCACGAAGGCUACUCUGGGGACGACUGCUCUGUGCACGCAUGCCCAGAUAACUGCAACAACAGGGGGCGCUGCAUCAACGGAAGGUGUGUUUGCGAGAGUGGAUACGAAGGGGAAAGCUGCGCAGAGCUGAGUUGCAUGAACAACUGCCAGGACAGAGGUCGCUGUGUGGACGGUCAGUGCGUAUGUGACGAGGGAUACAUCGGGGAGGACUGCUCAGAGGUGUCUCCUCCGAAGGACCUCGUUGUUGCCGAGGUCACCACCGACACCGUGGACCUGUCCUGGAACAAUGAGAUGCUGGUCACAGAGUACCUAGUGACGUAUGUACCCAACUUUCCUGGGGGUCUUCAACAGGAGUUCACAGUGGAGGGAGACAAAAACAUUGCCACCGUUAAGGAACUUGAACCCGGUAUCGAGUACCUGAUAAAUGUCUACGCUGUUUUAAGCAACAAGAAGAGCAUCCCUGUCAGUGCGAGGGUGGCAACAGAUCUCCCACAGCCAGAGGGUUUGAGAUUCAAAUCAGUCAGAGAGACCUCAGUAGAGGUAAUGUGGGACCAGCUGGACAUCCCCUUUGAUGGCUGGGAGAUCUAUUUCCGCAACACGAAAGAGGAAAACGGAAAAGUCAUGAGCACCCUCCCUCCCACUCAGAAGUCAUUUGUCCAGUCGGGGCUCGGACCGGGACAAGAGUACGAAGUCUCCAUCAACAUCGUCAAGAACAACACCAGAGGACCCCAAACCUCCCAAACAGUCACCACCAAGAUCGACAGCCCGCGGCAGGUGGAGGCCAAGGAUGUGACGGCCUCCUCGGCUCUGGUCAGCUGGACUCUACCAGUGGCUCCCACCGACAGAGUCACCCUCAUUUACAUGCCCACCUCCGACCCCUCCCAGGAAAACACUGUGGACAUUUCCCCCCCAGACAAGCAGUACAGCGUUGACGGUCUGAAGCCAGACACAGAGUACACGGUGUCGCUCAUCUCCAGGACUGGAGACGCCACCAGUGAUCCUAUCACAACUACUUUCACCACGGAGCUGGACGCCCCCAUUGGCCUGCAGACUGCGUCGCAGACCGACACCAGCAUCACUCUGGAGUGGACCAACACUGAGGCCGACGUCGGCAGCUACCGGGUGAAAUACAGCCCCAUCUCUGGAGCGACUCACGGCGAGGAAGUGUUCCCUCGAGGACCAGGAGACACCACGCAAGCUACUAUCACGGGCCUAAAGCCGGGGACGGAGUAUGGCAUCGGGGUGACGGCUGUGAAGAAUGAGAGGGAGAGUCUUCCCGCCACCACCAACGCAGCCACAGACCUCGACCCCCCCGUUGAUUUUAAGGUCGUCGACUCUACAGAGAACUCCCUCACCCUGAGGUGGCAGAAACCCGACGCCAAAGUCGGCGGAUACCGGCUGGAGUACGUCUCCAGAGACGGCCGGACCGAGGAGGUGGAGAUCCCGGCCGGCGCCACCAGCUACGUCGUACCAGACCUGACCCCUGGAACGAGCUACACCAUGACCCUGACUGCAGAGAGGGGACUCAAGGAGAGCACACCUGUCUCUCUGUCUGCAUCCACAGCCUCUUUCACGUUUUAUUUAGCCGACUCAGACGACCGCGAGCUAACGACUCCCGCGGGCCCCGAGGACAAUGUCAUUAGCUUUGUGAGUUUAGACGCCUCCGACUCCCAGUUCUCUGGGAGGGAGCCCAGGAACGAGCUCGGAGCGCUGAGCGUCUCGGGCGUCACCCACGACGGAUUUGACCUCACUUGGGUGCUAAAGGCUCCCGGCGUCUAUGAUCACUUCAUAGUAGAAAGUAGAGACGCUCAGCGGUUGUGGGAUGUGAGAGAGGUCCAACUUCCUGGAGAUGCCCGUGGCUCUAGAGUUGAUGGCCUGAAGGCAUCGACAGAGUAUCAGAUAAAACUUUACGGGAUAACGAGUAGCCAGCGGUCUGAGCCACUUGAAGCUGUUGCAGUCACAGCAGACAAGCCUACCUCUCCGGACGUGCUAACGCUGACAAUUAAAGAUCCGCUCCAUCCUGACAGUGCUGACGUGAGCUCUGGGAGCUCCGGCACAGAACAACCAGGAGACCUCACGGUCAAUGUUACCGCCACCAGCGUAAGCCUGGCCUGGUCCGCGCCCGACGGGGCGUUCGAUAGCUUUUUGGUGGAGCUCACUGCUCCGUCAGCAGGAGCACAGCCUCAUGUGACCACGGUACCAGGAAGUGUGAGGAGGGCUGAAAUAGAGGGUCUGACCCCCUCCACACAAUAUGAUAUUACAUUACAAGGGCUGGUGGAAGGGAAGAGAUCUUUACCUCUCAGAGUUUUUGCUACUACAGAGGCGCUGUGGCCGAUUGCGUUGAACCUCAACCUCUCUGACAUUACAUGGGACGGCUUCACUGCGUCCUGGAGCCCCACGGUUGUUGACUUGGACAGCUUUGUCCUUGAGGUAACAAACUUGGACAAUUUGGCAGAGAGGCAGAACCUCACUGUGUCCGGAGACGCUCUGAGCCUGGACAUCUCCGGGCUGAACCCUAACACCAGCUACCUGGUUGGCCUGUAUGGGAUGUAUCAGGGCUCCUUCCUUGAACCCGCGUACGUUACGACCACCACAGCGAAGCAGCCAGUGGUUGGCAAACUGUAUAUCUCAAACUUAACGUCCGAGAGCUUUUCAAUCUUCUGGAACGGCACUGACGGACAGUUUGAUGGUUUUAUCCUGGAGAUAAUUGACUCCGAUUGGCUGAUGGAGCCAAAGGAAUAUAACUUGUCCCGCAAUGUAAACUCCCACGACGUCACGGGGCUAAGGCCCAGUACUGAUUAUGUAGCCUACCUCUAUGGGACAUACAAGAGAUCUCGAACAAGUGCUGUCAGUAUUGUUGCUUCAACAGCUGAAGAGCCUGAUUUGUCCAAGCUAGUUGUUUCUAACAUUACCUCAGACAGAUUCUCUCUGUCGUGGCGGACAGGAGAGAAGGCGUUUGAUAAGUUUAUAGUAGAAGUCAGAGAGUCUGCUUUGCCCUCGCAGGCAAUGGGCCGUGCUCUGCCCGGAGUCGUGCGCUCCACAGUAAUGGCCGGGCUCAAAGCGGGCACCACUUACGACAUUAAGCUGUACGCCAGCAGUGGUGGUGGACAGAAUACUCAGCCCCUAUUUGCUGUAGCUACAACAGAGGACGUCCCACAGUUGGGGCCCAUAGCUGCUUCGUCUGCGAGCCCACAUAACCUCAGCUUGUCCUGGAGCACAGUGUCAGGUCAUUUUGACGGCUUUGUUGUCCGGGUCAGUGAUUCUGAGCAGCAGUCCGAUACGCUGGAGUUCAGACUGAACGGUGAAGCCCGUGACUUUACCGUGUCUAACCUGAUGGAUGCCACAGGCUAUGAUAUUGAACUGUACGGUAUUUCUCAUGGGCGCCACACUUCCUCUGUGUUAGCCCACGCUGCCACAGCUCCGUUGCCAAAAGUGGAAAAUUUGACCAUUUCCAACAUAACCCCCUACGGCUUCCGCGUGUCGUGGGACGUGAAGCAGCAGAAGCAGGAUCAGCAGCAGCAGCAGCAGCAGCAGCAGCAGCAUCAGGAGGAAGACUUAGCCCCCUCUAGUGGCGGCUUCAGCCAUUUUCACAUAGUGGUGACAGACUCCGGCUGGCUGCUGGAGCCUCAGGAGUUCACGGUGCCUGGAAACGAAAGCCACCUGGACAUCUGGGGCCUGAUCACCGGCAUAGGCUAUGAGGUCAGGCUGACCGGGGUGUCAGAGUCAGGGCUUCUCUCUCGGCCUCUGACUACAGUGGCUGUGACAGAGGCCGAGCCGGAAGUGGACCACCUCUUUGUCUCGGACGUCACGCACCAGGGUUUCCGUCUGUCGUGGGCGGCGGACGAAGAUCUGUUCGACAGAUUUGUCAUCAAAAUAAGAGACAGCAAAAGAUUAGCUCAUCCCCGGGAGUACAGCGCCCGCGGGGACGAGCGAACCACGGUCGUAACCGGACUCAUGAGUGGCACAGAGUAUGAAAUUGAGGUUUACGGUGUCGGUCCUGACCAGCGCUCCCAGCCGAUUACUGGGGUUGCUCAGACAGGCCUGAGCAAUCCAAGAGGACUUCACUUCUCUGAAGUGACUGACUCCUCGGCUAUAGUUCACUGGUCCAUGCCUCACACUCCAGUGGAUAACUACCGCAUCACAUAUGUGCCGUUUGAAGGAGGAAGCCCGAUGUCGGUCACCGUGGACGGAGACGUGUCCGAGGUUUUAUUGCCCAACAUGACGCCCGGGAAGACGUACCAGGUGACGGUUAGCGCCGUUAAAGGCCUGGAGGAGAGCGACCCCAGCACGGACACCGUGACCACAGCUUUGGACAGACCGCAGGGAUUGUCCGCAGUCAAUGUCACGGACUCUUCAGCCCUGUUGCUAUGGCAGCCGUCCGUUGCCACCGUUGAUGGCUACGUCAUUACGUACAGCGCGGACUCAGUGUCCCCGGUGGAGGAGCGCGUUUCUGGGAACAUCGUGGAGUUUGAGAUGAGCUCCCUGGUUCCAGCGACUCAUUACACGGUUGGAGUUCACGCUGUGAAAGACGCACAGAAGAGCAGCUCCGCUGUCAUUGAGUUUGACACAGAUGUGGAUCCUCCUCGGGAGCUGACGGCCACAAACGUCCAGACGGACGCGGCGACGCUGACGUGGCGGCCGCCUCAAGCCGCCGCCACCGGCUACAAACUCACCUUCUCCUCCGACAGCGACGGCAGCUUCAGGGAGGUGGUGCUGAGCCCGACGGCGUCCUCCUACAGCAUGACCCGGCUCACCGGCUCCACCCAGUACAAAGUGAGGCUGCAGGCCAUCGCUGGAAACCAGAGGAGUCGCUACGUCUCCACGGCCUUCACCACCAUCGGGCAGCUGUACGGACGCCCCCGGGACUGCGCUCAGGUUUUACUGAACGGAGAGACGACCUCCGGGCUGCACACCGUCUACAUAGCGGGCGAGGAGAACCAGGCCGUCCAGGUUUUCUGCGACAUGACCACAGACGGCGGAGGAUGGAUGGUUUUCCUCCGGCGCCAGAACGGAAAGCUGGAAUUCUACAGGAACUGGAAGAACUACACAGCUGGCUUCGGGAACAUGAACGAUGAGUUCUGGCUGGGCCUCUCCAACCUCCAUAAAAUCACAUCUUCGGGACAUUACGAGCUGCGAGUGGACUUGAGGGACAGGGGGGAGUCGGCCUACGCUCAGUACGACAGGUUCACGGUUGCAGAGCCGAGAACACGCUAUAAAGUCUCCAUAGGAGCGUUCAGCGGAACAGCAGGUGACUCCAUGACCUACCACCAGGGUCGACCCUUCUCCACCUACGACAACGACAACGACAUCGCCGUCACCAACUGCGCCUUCUCCUACAAAGGAGCCUUCUGGUAUAAAAACUGUCAUCGCGUGAACCUGAUGGGGAAAUAUGGAGACAACAGUCACAGUAAGGGGAUCAACUGGUUCCACUGGAAGGGCCACGAGCACUCGAUUGAAUUUGCAGAGAUGAAGAUUAGGCCGGUGAACUUCAGGAACUUUGAGAGUCGAAGAAAGCGGUCAUAGACUCGUGAGCCCCUUCCUCUGUGUCUCUGUUUCUUUCUCUUUCUCUUGCACCUCAUCUCCAGCCAUCAACAUCUGCAUUCCCUCGUCUUAAAACUAAAAGUUCUGCCUGGCCGUGAGAAAUAAACCUGGUAACGUUGCACCAAAGAACCAAGAAUUAGACCAUUAUUAUUGUUAUUUUCUAUUAUUAUUAUUAUUAUUAUUAUUAUUUUGUAUGUAGCUGUGUGAUUGUAGAAGAAGAAAGUAGUGUCGUGUGAAUGGACAAGCAUGUGUUACUGGGACCAAACCUUUUAAAAAAAAAAACAACAAAAAAAAAAAUUUCAAACGGAUCCACUGAAUCAGUAACACGUCAAAGGCACAAAGUCACAAGAUUUCAAUUUCCUCCGUCUAAAAUCGAAUUAUUCACGAGGAUGGACUCCUAAGUGUUGUCACGUGUUUACCACUAACGCUGUCGAAUCCAUAUUUAAAGUUUGAUUUCCUUAUUUUGAUAAGAAAAUAAUAAAAAUGAAAGACCUGAUGCUCUGUAACCUUCAAUACAAAUAAAACGUUUGAUAAACGUG